UAGGACGAUAGAGAACAGGAAGAUGCUGAGGGUCUGCUGAAGUUCACAAAGAAAGAUGAGCUCAAGACUGAUAUUCGAAGAGCACAGCCUUAACUCGGAUAUGAUACGAGACGAGAACUUCUUAACCAAUCAGAUCGAGGUGUUGAAAGUGGAGAAUCAGCAACUAAAGGCAGCGCUGAGACGAGUGGAGCUCAGACUUAGUACAAUGGAGAGCGAGCGAGUCUGUCGGCAAGUCUCUCUCUCAGAGAAAAUCUGCAGCGUUCAUCAGCUGACAGCAGAGAAACAGCAGAUGAGUGCUGAGCUGGGAGUGAAGCAAACCCAGCUCAUCCAGAUGAAAGAAGAAAAGGAUGCUUUGACUGAACUGAUGGGCCGUAAGAACGGAGAGAACCUUAAACUGAAGACCCAGCUGCAGAACGUACAAGCUGAACUUAACCGGACCAGAAGUUCUUUGAGAACAUUGGAGGGGUCUGAAGGCCAUGGUGUUAUGGUUGCACAGGGGAUGCAGAGACAGAUCACCGCUAAAAGAGAGCAGAUUGAUUUUCUGCAGGUCCAGAUUCAUCUUCUAGAGGAAACCGUAGAGAAGCUUAUGCUGGAGAAGCAUCAGCAGGCAUUAGAGGCUCAGAGGCAAGAACAAGAGUUAAUGUCAGAGAAAGAGAUCAGGAAAACACUGGAAGUUGAAGUGAAGGCAUCACACACACAACAGCAAGAGCUCAAAGACAAAGCAGAGAAACUGGAGGCAUCAUUAUACAAGAUUUCUGACAGUUUUUCUGAAUGCCAAGAUUUAAUUCAAAAGCAAGAACAUGACAUUAUGAGGUUAAAACUGCAGCACGCUUUAGAUCUGAAGGAGUUGCAAAGCCAGAACCUGCGUAAUGUCUCCAGAUCUCCAGUCGGGCUCCAUCAGAGCAGUUUUAAGGACCUAUUGGAGCUGAAAGUUUGUGAACCCAGCAUGGGGCUAAAGAGGUUCGUAAGUGAGCGGCGUGAUGAUGAACAUGGAUCGCAUGUGGGCACAAGCUUCAGGAGAAGAUCUGAAGAGGACCGCCAGUAUAGACUUGAACCGAGCUCUUUCAGAAGCGCUAAUCAUGAUAAGCAGAAUCGGAACAGUAGAUUGAAAGAAGACUAUAACACAUUAGAUCUUGGUGCGGGACGGAUAUGCUCUGGGCGCAGAUCUCCUGUUUACGCUCUUCUCACCUCUGACCUUCCAGCUGAAGGAAACUAUAGGCCGGACAAUGAGCUUUAACACUUGCACACCCAAUGAAGUGAUUUAUUGGACACAAAGCAGGAGACAGACUCAGUUUUACUCUGUCAUCAGGUGUCAACCAAGAUAAGGUAAAGACAUUCAUAAUGAGGAAUCAUGGUCAGCAAGACCUCAGUUUUGUUUGUUUAAGAAACAGACUGAAGAAAAAAGUGCUUGCAUUUUACGCAUUUCAUUAUGGAAAUGAAGAUAUUUAUUUGGUUUGUGAUUGAAAUCGUUUUAUAGGAAAAGUGUGUCAUAAAGGACCAAGACACUACACAAGA